AUGUGCAAAGAAAGAGUAGCAGAAAGAGAGUUAAAGCUUCUGUACUCUGCAUUUUUUACAGAAAAGGGGGAUAACCUGGACAGCAUGCAGAACAGGCUGAAAGAUGCUGAUGAGAAGAAUUCCGUUCUCCUGAGAGCUCUGAAUGAAACCUUUGGAAAGCUGUCAGCCAUUCCUAAUGAUACAGCUAUAAAAGUACAGGCAGCCAAAGACAAAGCAAAACAAGCCAACGAUACUGCGAAUGACAUCCUGGCCCAGAUUAAAGACCUCAACCAGAAUCUCCUGGGUUUGAGAAUCAACUACAGUAAACUUGCAGAUGACGUGGCAAAAACAAAUGCUGUUGUGAAGGAUCCUAUCAAGAACAAAAUCAUUGCUGAUGCAGAUUCCAGUAUUAAAACCCUGGAAAAAGAAGCAGAUCGCCUGCUAGAUAAAAUCAAGCCAAUCAAAGAACUUCAGGAUAACUUAGGGAAAAACAUUUCUCAGAUCAAAGAGCUGAUAAACCAAGCUCGGAAACAAGCCAAUUCGAUCAAAGUGUCCGUGUCCUCUGGAGGCAACUGUAUUCGCACAUACAGACCAGAAAUAAAGAAAGGAACAUACAACACUGUCAUUGUCAAUGUGAAGACUGUAGUUGCUGACAAUCUGCUUUUUUACCUUGGAAGUGCCAAGUUUACUGACUUCUUGGCCAUAGAGAUGCGCAAAGGCAAGGUGAGCUUCCUGUGGGAUGUGGGAUCUGGUGUUGGACGGGUAGAGUAUCCAGAUCUGACCAUUGAUGAUGGGUUUUGGUACCGGAUUGAAGCCUCUAGGACUGGGAAAAAUGGCACAAUAUCAGUGCGAGCUCUGGACGGUCCUAAAGCCAGCAUUGUGCCAGCUACAUUCAGUGCUGUCUCUCCACCUGGAUAUACCAUUCUGGAUGUAGACGCUAAUGCCAUGCUGUUUGUUGGUGGUUUGACUGAAAAAAUAAAGAAGUCAGAUGCUGUAAGAGUCACCACCUUCACUGGCUGCAUGGGUGAGACCUUUCUAGACAGCAAGCCCAUAGGACUGUGGAAUUUCAGAGAUAUCGAAGGAGACUGCAAAGGGUGUGCCGUCAGCCCACAGGUGGCAGACAGUGAAGGGACAGUCCAGUUUGAUGGGGACAGCUACGCUAUGGUGAGCCGCCCAAUCCGCUGGAACCCCAACAUUUCCACAGUCAUGCUCAAAUUCAGGACCUUCUCAUCGAAUGCCCUGCUGAUGUAUCUUGCUACUGAUGACUUGAAGGAUUUCAUGAGUGUAGAACUCAGUGAUGGGCAUAUAAAAGUCAGCUAUGAUUUGGGAUCGGGUACAGCUUCUGUUACCAGCAACCAAAAUCAUAAUGAUGGCAAAUGGAAAUCUUUCACCCUGUCAAGAAUUCAAAAGCAAGCCAACAUAUCAAUUGUAGACAUAGACACCAAUGAAGAAGAGACCAUAGCAACAACUUCAACAGGCAGCCACUUUGGGCUCAACUUAAAAGGGCAUGAGAAAAUAUAUUUUGGGGGAUUGCCAACUCUGAGAAAUCUAAGGCCUGAAGUGAACUUAAAGAAAUAUACAGGUUGCCUCAAAGAGAUUGAAAUUUCAAGGACACCAUAUAAUAUAUUGAGUAGUCCUGAUUUUGUUGGUCUAACCAAAGGAUGCACACUAGAGAACAUUUAUACAGUUAGCUUCUCUAAGGCAGGUUUUCUGGAACUGCAGCCUGUCUCCUUUGACCUGGGCACAGAAAUCAACCUCUCCUUCAGCACCAAGAAUGAGUCUGGGAUCAUCUUGUUUGGCACAAGUGGCACAGUUGUUCCCACCAGGAGAAAGCGCAGACAGACAGGACAGGCCUACUAUGCAGUGUUCCUGAACAGGGGUCGACUAGAAGUACAUAUGUCCACUGGGUUACGGGAUCCCCACAGAAUCACCAUCAGACCAGAAGCUGGCAAGUUUCACGACGGCCGAGCACACUCCAUCCGGAUUGAACGAGCUAGAGGGUCGUUCACUGUUCAAGUAGAUGAAGACAAAGUCCAGACUCAGAGAUUGCUGACAGACCAGCCCAUCUCUGUUAAGAAACUCUUUUUGGGGGGUGCUUCUUCUCAGUUUCAGACAACUCCUCUCAGAAACAUACCACCAUUUGAGGGCUGUAUAUGGAAUCUUGUCAUUAAUGCCACCCCCAUGGACUUUGCUCAACCCGUAUCCUUUGAAAAUGCAGAUAUUGGCCAAUGUCCCUCUCUAGAACCAGAGGUUAGGCCACCUGAGGAUGAAGAUAAACCAAUCUACACAACAGUCCUGAUCCAACCUGAACCAGACACUAAUGGGGGGAAGGAAAGACCAAGGACUCCUCCUGCUUCCCCUCCUCCUCCAACACCAUCUCUAUCAUCAGAUUCCUGUGCUGCUGACACAGAACCAGCUGUUUUGGAAGGUGGCAAGCAAUUUGGUCUUUCAAGGAACAGCCACACUGCAGUUGCAUUUGAUGACACCAAAGUGAAAAACAGACUUACAAUUGAAUUUGAAGUCCGAACAACAGCUGAUUCUGGCUUGCUGUUUUAUAUGGCCCGAAUCAACCAUGCUGAUUUUGCUGCAGUUCAGAUAAAGAAUGGCCUGCCUUACUUCAGCUACGAUCUGGGGAGUGGAAACACCAGCACAGUGAUUUCCAACAAAAUAAAUGAUGGCCAGUGGCACAAGAUUAAAGUCAUUCGAACCAAGCAAGAGGGAAGCCUUAUAGUAGAUGAUGCUUCAAACAGGACUGUUAGCCCCAAGAAAGCUGAUAUAUUGGAUGUUGUAGGAAUGCUGUAUGUUGGAGGAUUGCCCAUUAACUACACAACUAGAAGAAUUGGUCCG